UCUAUUUUCUCUCUCUACAAAGACUUUCCUCUCAUCUCCUAUGGCGAUUGUGAUUUUUCUAACAACAAUUUUGGUGAUUUUUAUUUCAUCACUUGCAAAGAUUGCAUAUGAUACAAUCUCAUGCUACUGGUUGACCCCAAGAAGAAUCAGGAAGAAGAUGGAGAAACAAGGUGUUUGUGGCCCCGAUCCCCGGCCGCUACUUGGAAAUAUCCUCGACGUAGCGGCGCUUGUGGCGAAAUCCACGGCCAACGACAUGAAGUCGAUUGAUCACAACAUCGUCGGCCGUCUAUUGCCUCAUUACACCACUUGGACAAAGCAAUACGGAAAGAGGUUCAUAUACUGGAACGGGACGGAGCCGAGGCUGUGUUUGGCAGAGACGGAAUUGAUAAAAGAAGUAUUGAGUAAAAACAGCAAUGUGUGUGGAAAAUCAUGGCUGCAAAGACAGGGAACCAAACAUUUCAUUGGGAAAGGAUUGUUGAUGGCAAAUGGGGAAGAUUGGUAUCAUCAACGUCACAUCGUUGCACCUGCGUUUAUGGGGGAUAAACUCAAGAGCUAUGCGGGAUUGAUGGUGGAAUGCACUAAGAAAAUGAUCCAAUCACUAGAGACCGAGUUUGACUCGGGCCGGACCGAGUUUGAGAUCGCCGAUUAUAUGAAACAACUCACCGCCGACAUCAUUUCUCGGACCGAGUUCGAUGCCAACUCCGACAAGGGCAAAGAAAUCUUCCAUUUGCUCACUCUUCUCCAGCGCCUCUGCGCCCAAGCCAGCCGCCACCUCUGCCUCCCCGGUAGCCGGUUUUUUCCAAGUAAAUACAACAGAGAAAUAAAGUCACUGAAAAUGGAGGUAGAGAGGUUGUUAAUGGAGAUUAUUCAGAGCAGAAAAGAUGGUGUGGAGAUUGGAAGAAGUACUUGCUAUGGAAGUGAUUUAUUGGGAAUGCUAUUGAAUGAAAUGCAAAGGAAAAGAGAGGAUAAUGGUUUCAGUUUGAACUUGCAACUCAUAAUGGAUGAAUGCAAAACUUUCUUCUUUGCUGGCCAUGAAACCACUGCCCUUUUGCUCACUUGGACCAUCAUGUUGCUUGCCACCAACCCGGAUUGGCAACACAAGGUUCGUCAUGAAGUCAACCAAGUUUGCAAUAAUGGUGGAUCUCCCUCUGUUGAGCAUCUCUCUAAGCUCACUUUGCUAAACAUGGUGAUAAACGAAUCGCUAAGGCUUUACCCACCGGCGACGGUGCUUCCGAGAAUGGCAUUCGAGGACAUAAAGGUAGGAGAUUUAGAGAUCCCAAAAGGGUUAUCAAUAUGGAUUCCAGUGCUUGCAAUUCAUCAUAGUGAAGAGCUGUGGGGAGAAGAUGCUAACGAGUUCAAACCAGAAAGAUUUGCCUCAAAACCAUUUAGUGGUGGACGUUUCAUUCCAUUUGCAUCUGGACCAAGAAACUGCAUUGGCCAAGGUUUUGCAUUGAUGGAAGCUAAGAUCAUCUUGGCUAUGUUUAUCUCAAAGUUUAGCUUUACUAUUUCAGAUUCUUAUCGCCAUGCUCCUGUUAGUGUUCUCACCAUACAGCCUAAGUAUGGAGUUCAAGUUUAUUUGACUCCAAUCAAUUCUUAGAACCCUAAACCCUUUAUUCUUCAUCUCUUCUUAAUACAAUAUUAUAUUUUAUACACAUAUAAUGGUACG